AUGUCCACUCGCUUUUCCGUCUACUCGAGCCAUUCGGCGGGUAUGUCGACGGCGCGGCCAGGCGCUCACUCCCCGAGCCCGGUGACGACCAACACCCUGCUGAAUGCGCUACAUGCCUACUAUAACUCGGCCCAGCCUUAUCAACUCGAUGCGGCAACAAGCUUGGUGGUGAACACCUGGGUCACCGCCACGCGGGCCACCUCGAACGGCCCGGAUGGAGGCACAAUCGACCGGGAGCUCGCCCUUCGCGCGUGGGAGCAUGCGCGACGACGAGCGGAGGAUGGCUGUAUCGUGCUAUGCUCCGCACAUCAGUCGACUCCGUCCAUUCUGGAGCCAUUCUUGGCAGCCCUGCCGCUUUCGACCCCAAGCAUCACCUUCACCGCGCUCACAGCUCUUCGACCCUUCGUCUCCGCUGUCACAUCAUUUAAUCCCUCCUAUUCGCUCUACUCCGCUCUUGCGGCCCGCUACUCCUUCAACCUGAAAGGGGAUAUUGUAGGACUGACGUUGUCGCUGUCGACCUCCGGGAUCAAUGUACGCAAGGGCCUGCUGGAGAUUGCUCCGGAGCCCGGUUUUCGUGCAUUUGACGUCUUCUACUACCUCCUAGCCUCCGUAUCGACUCCCGCCGAGCGCGAGUUCCUGAAUCUGAAGGAUGUAUCGGAGUACUCUCUGCUGAAAAAGUCCGGAACCUAUACGCCCCCAUCUUACCUCCCAACAGCGGACGAUGCGGCCGCCGCGGAAGACUUCCGGGCCGCGCUCAAGGCCAUCGGCAUCAAGGGAGCUUCCUUGCGUGGCUUGCUGGCCACCCUGGCGGGGUUGCUGAGGUUGGGCGACGCAGCAGGAUUGCUAGUCGAUCAGGAGGACUUGGAGGAAGCAUGUGAGGAAGUUGGCGGUCUGCUAGGAAUCGACCCCGAAGUGCUGGCUCACAAGUGCUCGACCGAUGAGCGGGAGGUGCUCAUGGCCGGGAUCUACGAGGCCCUCGUUGACUGGGUGAUCAGCAAAGCGAACGACGCCAUCUCAAGCGAGCUUCAAGCGAUGCUGGAAAGUAGCCCCAGCGUGAGUGGUGGCUCGGGCCCUGGAGGCCAGUGGACCGACGACGACACCGUUGCCAUCACCGUGGUGGAUGUCCCUCGCCCUGCCCUCGGAAAAGCAUUGGCAAUGCGAGAAGUCUUCGACGAUAGCAUUGGGAUCAAUGCGGAAAUGAAGGAAGAUGGCGUCAACGUCCCUCCCAUUGGCCAUGCACUUUCGAACGAGGUCCACACGGCAGUCGCACAGGUCGAGCCCGAUCUUGGCAUCACCACCGGGAAUGCCUGGCGCGAACGGGAACACGAGGUCGCGCGGCGACAGGAAGUACUCGAGAAGGUUGGUUUUGAAGUGGACGCGGACUCCUUCCUCCGACGCCUUCUGCUUCCUGUCGAAACCGAAGGCAUCACGCUGGGCCAAAAGGGCCGCUUCGACCUGAUGACCACCCUGGGCAGCAGCCGGGUGUGGCAUCACAUCUCCUUGCAUCCUACGGACGAGCUUCCCGCGAGUCUCAACCCUACCCUCCCAGCGGUCGGCUGGUCGGCGGCGGCGAUUUCGCGUCAGUUGCGCGAAUGGCGACUUGCUGAGUGGGCGAAUAGGCGUCUGAAGCAGCUCGACUUCACCGCGGACUUUGACGUGGAUGAGUUUGUGAGCCGCUAUCACCGGCUGGGCUGCGCGGACGGCAGAGAUGGGGUGGAGAGCUGGUUGGUGGAAAGAGGUUGGACCAAUGGCGACUCAUUCGUCGGUCACCAGCGGAUCUGGAUGCGCGAGAACGCUUGGUGGGAGGCUGAAACGAUGCUCGAUCUCAAACCUGACGAGUCGCCGCCAGUCAACCCCUUUAUCUACGACAGCACCAUGCUCGACCCGCAUUACGCUGGAACCCCCGUGGCAGAGUCGACCAGUCUCCUGGGCAGCCGCGACAACCUGCUGCAGAGACAAAGCACACUCGUGCCCAGUGUGCAUGGCGGCAUCGCCAAGUCCACUGCCCCUAGCGUUCCCCAUACUCUCCACAUGAGUGGCGGCGACUACGGCCUAGGCAACAAAGGUGACACGAGAAAAUGGGACGAGGAUUAUGCCCGCUACGAAGGGGAGCUUGAUCCGGAAUUCGGAGAUGGCAAGCACCUCGAGAAGAAGCAGAUCACCAAGGUGCGACGAGCUUGGGUUGCCUUCGUGUGGGCGUUGACCUUCUGGAUUCCCUCCCCUGCCCUCCGCUGGUUGGGUCGCAUGAAGCGUCCCGAUGUCCGCAUGGCCUGGCGAGAGAAGUUCGUGCUGGUCUUCCUCAUUCUGCUCUUCAACGGCAUUGUCUGUUUCUAUAUCAUCGCUUUCGGCGAUCUCUUGUGCCCCAACAAGGAUAAGGUGUGGAACGAGCAAGAGCUCAGCUGGCACGUAGGCAGCGACGACUUCUACGUCAGUGUCCAUGGCAACGUCUAUGAUAUCAGCAAGUUCUGGAAGACCCAGCACAGUGAUAACGGGAUUGACACGACCACGACCAACAUGAAGCCGUUCGCCGGAGAGAUUCUGGAUCCUUACUUCCCUCCCCCACUGACUCGAUUCUGCAGUCACUACGUGACCAGUCAAACCAUCCAGAUGGAAUACAACGACACGAGCGCGCUCGAGUACUCGGAUGCGGAACACAACUGCGGGUCAUACGAAACCCCGAGCACGACCACCAAGCUGCACAACAUCACGUGGUACGAAGACAUCUUCCUGCCCAAGAUGAAGGGUUACUAUAAGGGACCCCUGGUGUGGACGAGAGAGAAGGUCAAGAAAGAAGCUGAAUCCAGUUCACGAUACUGGGUCAUUGUCCAUGAGAAGAUCUAUGACCUCACGGAUUAUUUCUAUACGGCGGAUUUGUUCGAUGACACCGACGGCUAUGACUAUCUGCCUGAUACUGUGACCACACUCUUUAAGGAUUAUGCUGGUGAAGAUGUCACGUCCAAGUGGGGAAACUCCACCGAGUUCCAGAAUGUCCAGACCUGUAUGGACUACGUCUUCUACAAGGGCAAAGUCGAUUUCCGCACCAGCCCGAGAUGUACGGUCAACAACUGGAUCUUGCUGGCGUUUACAGUCAUGAUCUGUGCCGUGAUUAUUGUCAAGUUCCUUGCCGCCCUGCAGUUCGGGACCAAGCGGCGACCGGCUCCACAAGACAAGUUUGUUAUCUGCCUGGUCCCUGCCUAUACCGAAGGUGAAGAUGCGUUGCGGCAAGGGCUGGAUUCCCUUACUGCUCUGGAAUACGAUAACAAACGCAAGCUGAUCUUCGUGAUUUGUGACGGUAUGAUUGUCGGUGGUGGCAAUGACCGACCGACGCCCAAGAUUGUUCUGGAUAUUCUGGGAGUGGAUCCCAAGAUCGACCCGCCUGCUUUGCCUUGCAAGUCGAUUGGACAGGGCAGCGAACAGCUGAACUACGGCAAGGUGUACUCGGGGUUGUACGAAUAUGAGGGCAAUGUGGUUCCGUACAUUGUGGUGGUGAAGGUGGGCAAGGAGUCGGAACAGAGCAAGCCCAAGCCUGGAAACCGUGGCAAGCGUGACUCGCAGAUCCUUUUGAUGCAGUUCCUGAACCGCGUGCACCACCGAUCCCCUAUGUCGCCGCUCGAGCUGGAGAUCUUCCAUCAAAUCAACAACGUGAUUGGCGUGGACCCGGAGCUCUAUGAAUACUGUCUGAUGGUGGAUGCCGAUACUAGUGUCCGGGAAGAUUCGUUGAAUCGGCUGGUGGCGGCCUGUGCCAACGAUGCGCGGAUUGCCGGUAUCUGUGGCGAGACCAGUCUGCAGAACGAGGAGCGGAGUUGGUGGACGAUGAUCCAGGUCUACGAGUACUACAUUUCACACCACUUGGCCAAGGCGUUUGAGUCGCUGUUCGGCACGGUGACGUGUCUUCCGGGCUGUUUCUGCAUGUAUCGCUUGCGCACCGCCGACAAGGGUCGCCCACUGAUCAUUGCCGAUCAGGUCAUUGCCGAAUAUGCCGAUCCCGAGGUGGACACCUUGCACAAGAAGAACCUUCUGUCUCUGGGAGAGGAUCGUUUUUUGACGACUUUGAUGACGAAGCACUUUCCUCACAUGUCCUACAAGUUCAUCCCGGAUGCCUAUGCUAGUACCGCGGCGCCCGAGACAUGGUCCGUUCUUCUUUCGCAGCGACGUCGAUGGAUCAACUCCACCAUUCACAAUCUGGUUGAGGUGGCGGCUUUGAAGGACAUGUGCGGCUUCUGUUUGUUCAGUAUGCGGUUUGUGGUCUUGGUGGAUCUGGUUGGCACCCUGAUUCUUCCGGCCACGUGUGUCUACCUGGGAUACCUCUUGUAUCUGGUCGGCAGUGGCACGGGUCAAUUCCCGAUCAUCUCGAUCAUCAUCCUGGCCGGUGUGUACGGUCUGCAGGCGAUUAUCUUCCUGCUCAAGCGGCAGUGGCAGCACAUCGGAUGGAUGAUUAUCUACCUCUGUGCCUAUCCGAUCUACAACUUUGUUCUGCCGCUGUACUCGUUCUGGAAGCAGGAUGAUUUCAGUUGGGGUAACACGCGUAUCGUCAUUGGCGAGAAGGGCGACAAGAAGGUGGUUGCGGUGGCGGACGAGAAGUUCGACCCGCGCAGUAUCCCGCUGCAGCGCUGGGAUGACUAUUGCCUGGCCAACAACCUGCCGGGCCGCCGCGGCGACUUGGGCCUGAGUCAGGAGAAGCUGUACUCUGGGCGCUUCGGGGACGAGAUGGCGAUGGAGAUGGACGACAUGCAUUCGCAGUACUCGUCGAUCAAGCCGGCGUCGACGAUCCUGACGGGCUUUCCGCCGCACGGGCGCCACAGCAGCCCGUACAUGCCGCCGCAGUCGCCUGCGCCCUUCCUCCAUACGCCGGGCAACCGUCAGUCGCAUCUGUCGAGCUUUACGAGAUACACGGACCACCCGCACCAGAGCAGCCACAACGUGUCGCGGCAGAUGUCGAUGGGCAACAUGAGCCAGUUCCAGGAGAGUGGGCUGACCCACCGGCACAGCGUGGGGCUGAUGCAGAGCACGGACAAUCUGCUGGGGGGGCGGCCGAACUCGCGCAGUCCGGUUGGGUAUCCGUCUCGGCCGGUGAGUGCGUUCGACUUCCGCGGGGGGAGCGGGCCGGAUGAGGCGUCGAUCACGGAGGCCAUCCGGAGUUGUUUGGCGGAGGUGGAUCUGGACACGGUGACGAAGAAGCAGGUGCGCGCGUUGGUCGAGCAACGACUGCAGACGACGUUACUGGGCGACAAACGAAGUUUCUUGGACAAGCAGAUUGAUCACGAAUUGGCCAAUAUGUAG